UCUCUCCCUCCUGCCUGCCUGCCUCCCUCUCUCCCUCCCCUCCUUCCCUCCCCCUUCGUCCCUCCUCAGUGAUCUGACACACAUCAUAAGACAAUAACAAAAGUCAUCAUACAGCAAAAUACCCCAGCUGUUACUAACUCAACUGGACGUUGUACGACAUCGCUCGAAUACUCACCUCAAAAUAUAUCUAUUGAAUGUUAUGACAUCUUGCGUGCGCGAGCGCGCGUGCGCUGUGUGUGUGUGUGUGUGUGUGUGUGUGUGUGUUCAAGAAUCUGUUGCUGAAAACAUUACUGAUGGUGGAAGUUGUUAGAGAACAGUAUAUCACCACAGAAGUUAUUAACUGUUAUGAUAUAUACUCGAUAACUUCACAAUCUUCAGACUCGAAAAACUGACUUUACAAUCUUUAACUCAGAAAAAAAUAAACUGGCUACCCGAUCUUGAAACCCGAAAAAAAAAAACUAAAUUCACAAUCUUUAAUCCGGAGAAAAAACAGUGACUUCACAAUCAUAGGCGUGGCGCUGGACAAUGUGUGGCCAGAGAUGUCAUUAACCAGAGUGGGGGCGGGAAUGUUUCAGACAGCCGAGAGAUCAGAGGAGACCAAGAGCACCUGGACUACCUCGACAGCCUCAUGCCUGACCUACUCAUGUUGGUGGGCCGACGCAACCUCCCGAAGCGUGACAAACUCACCGUCAUCUAUGGAAAGGUCCUGGUGAACAGCUUCUGCCUGCUGGACGACAGAUUGACGCCCAUAGGCACCAGCGUCUACCUAGCAGCCUCCGUCAUCGACCACUCGUGUGCCGCCAACGCCUUCGUGUCCUUCCUGGGCAACAAGUUGGUCGUGCGCUCCCUCGUAGACUGGCCUGACCUAGACUGGACCAGGGUGCGCAUCAGUUACUUGGACGCAAUGAACACGAGGGAGCAGCGACAGACAUACCUACAGCGUCAGUAUUAUUUCACUUGCGACUGUCGGCUGUGUAGAGAUGACUCCCACGACCUGACCAUGUCCACUGUGCCCUGUGGAUCUCCCACCUGCGACGCCCCUGUCUUCAUCGACGAGACUGCAGACGGAGGGGUGGGACCUUGUGAAGCCUGCGGGUUCAAGAACUUCCCCGACGACCUCCGCCAGAACUACUGCCGCGCUGCCGCCUUCACCAGGAAGCGGCUGGACGACCUGAACGAGGAGGACCCAGACCUGGAGGUGUGGAAGGAGGUGAUAGAGGUGCAGGAGGGGGUACUACACCCCCUCAAUGUAUUGCGAGCCAAGGCUCUGGACGCCCUCCUCACAGCCACCGUCAACAUGCGGGGCUGGCACACCUCCCUGGGCCUGGCUACCCUCAACCACCAAGCCAUCAGACACUACUACGGUGCCAAACAUCCCACCUACGGCCUCUUCCUCUUGAAACUGGUCAAGAUAGAGCUGAACAACUUGGCCUUUCGCACGGCCCUCGAUCACCUCAAAGAUGCCGAAGAGAUCCUGGAGGCAGGUCUUGGCUCCAACCAUCCGCUGGUCUACCACGAGCUGAACUUUUUGUUGGUGCAGGCGAGCGAGGAGACCAGAGUGGAGAUCCAGAGGUCACUGAUGUACGGGUCUCACAGCCACGCCGCCACCCGCACCAGGAGCUGAGGCCGCAUCGUAUACCUCACCUAAACCACUCAGUCCUUCGUGUGUAUUUGUAUACUGUACUCUGGUCUGGGAUGGUGGCUGCUGUAUUGGUUUGGUCCACUAAAAGCUUUCACUGACAGGCUACCGUAGUUGUUAGCUGCGAGCGUCGAGACCAGGCUAAGCUGUGGUCACGGAGGAUAAGACUUUUGAGGCAUCUCUUUCCACCAGUCAUACAGUACCUCAGCUGCCAGAUAAACGCCUCUAAGGGUUCUGUCAACUGCUGAUACUUGCCGCGUCAUCCACUGUGCACAACAACCUACGAUAACACGGUGGUGUGGUUUACUGGGACAACUGUACGUCCAAACACGCUACAUAAUUUGUUGUGAUCAAACUGAAGAUUUACGGUCAACAAAGGCAUAACUGACCAUGAAGGUUCGCUACUUUGUGGACACAGAAACACUCACGUGAAGACCAUUACCACCAUCUUCUCUUUCCUGGCCACAUAAAUCAACAUAAUCCCUCGAUCUCGCCCCCAACAUUCAGUUUCUAUUCUCUGAUGAAAUAAAUCUAAGGAAUGUUAAUUUCCCAUUUCACUGUGAACACUCAACUCCUCUCCUGAACACUUCACAUUAACCCUAAAAAAUCUCUCUGUAUUCAAUUUGUUCUCCAGUAAUUGAUGUAGAAAUGACUGUUGUUCACUAUGCACGACAUUACAUAUACCGGCACUUAUGAUGAUUGUCACAAGUUUGAGAAAAUCUUCCGAGCUUUUUUGUGUCACCGUUUGGAAUCAUCCCAAUUCUUUUCUCUCGGACCUUCCACACCCGAGGACAGAUUUAUACCUACUUGUGAUGUGAGUGUGGACGGGAGGGAGCGAGGUGUUGAAUGCAGAUUACAGCUAUAGGUGAAGUCAACACGAUGAUUCUUUUACUGUACGUUAGAUGUGGAACGACGUCUUUGUGAAAAGGCUUACCUGGUGAUGUGACCAAUGAGCAGCGGUGUUUACCUUCGUGUACUGCCGGAGGAUUAUUUCGUAGCAGUAAAGACGAGGAGUGAAGCCGUGGGUAUGAAAACACAGCUCCAGUUACAGUUUAAUAAUUGCUCUUGUAAACGCGGGUGA